UAUAAAAUGUGCUUAUUACGAUGUGGAAAUGAAAGACUGGAAUUCCGAUGGAUGUUCGUAUGUCACUGGAUCAAAUCCGCCAAAUUGUACUUGCAAUCAUUUAACGAAUUUUGCUGUAUUAGUAAAAACAGCCAAUUUGACGGAUCCAUAUACCUUGGAAAUAUUCGGAAAGGUCGGAUGUUCACUUUCUGUGAUCGGACUUGCUUUGAUGUUGCUGUGCAUUUGUUAUUUUUCAUCUUUAAGAAAGAAUUUGACGAAUCAAAUACACUCCGUUCUCGGAUUCAGCCUCUUAGUAGCAUACGUUUUGUUUCUGACGGGUGUUGAGCAGAUAAAUAAUAGAAAUGGCUGUAUUACUAUUGCAGCAUUCCUACAUUUUUUUUUACUAUCUGCAUGGGGAUGGAUGAUAGUUGAAUGUGCCACUAUGUACAAGUAA